AGUUCAUGACUUUGCAAGCAUUCCUUCUGCAAGUAGACGUUUAUCAGGUAGGUUACUUCUUCUCUCCUUCAUACCAAUCCAUCUUUCAACCUUCAACACAUCCCAAAUCUACCCGGCUACACCGUCAAUAUGGGCAUUGAAUACAGCACCGCCAAGUGGCUCGCACCAGCCUCGUUCAUCUACGACUUUGCUGCUCAGCAGUAUGGACUCAACAGCACACCUUCGAUGAAGGACAUCAACGAUGCAAACACCUCUUUCUGGUCUCCUCAGCCUUACUUCAUUGGAGCUUUCUUCGCUCCCCAGCAGAUUGUGCAGCUUGCCUGGUUGUACCGUCUCUGGAAGCUUGACCCCAACAAGCCCAAGGAGCGUGCAGAGCUCGAUCAAAUUGUCAACUUCGUGCCAUUUUAUAUCCUCGGAAAUCUCUGCAUUGGCACGUGGAUGUUUGCGUGGAACUCAAGCCAGCUCAAGCUCUCCAAUGUAUUCGUCGUCGUCAACUCCCUCAGCCAACUUUACUUCAUCUUCACCAAGCUCGGUCCCAUGAACACGUCCUCCACCUCGUCCAUCCUCACCCACAUCAACGCUAAGACCUUCGCUGGUAUUGGUGUCCUCGACUUCGUCCACAACCUCAGUGUUGCAUACUACAAGGAUGUUCUCCCCACCACCGCCGUUAAGGUCGUCACUGGUGCCGGAUUCGCCGGUCUUGCGGCAUGCAGCGACUGGAUCUUUGGUGGAUGCCUGGUGUAUGACCUGGUCGCUCUGAGCGUUGGCCAGGCCCAACUCAAUAACCCCGAUUGGAGCAAGAUGUUGGGUGGAUUUGCUGUCGCCACUGCUGGCAUUGUUGGCCUCAGAAACUACUUUAUGUAGGUCAGCGUUAAAGUGCGUUUCUUUGCUUUCAAACGAAGCGUCCUUGUUUACGAAGCGGCCAUUGUGGACUCUGUGUCUGACACUCGUCGCAGGCCUCCCUACGUCAAGGAGCCCGGAUACGAUCUCACCGCCGACGAUGACACCUUCGACGACCGAGUCUGAAACAAAUCUAU